GUAGCAUUCCCAAUUUAUCAUUACUUGUGAUUUCCAAAACCUUUUGAAAAAUGAAAACCCCUUUCGUCUAGGGUUUAAGCUGCUGCUAACACCAACCCUCACUCUGAAACUUUUGCUUUCGAAUUCGAUACAGCCCCCAUUCAUUUCGCCUUCGAAACACUGCAGCUAGUUUGAUAUCAACAAUGGAAACCCUAACCUGCAACGGGUCGGAGCUUGACCCGAACCCUAUUCCGACGGAGCCACCAGCACCGGACUGUGCUGUGCGGCCAUCCCCAAAGAGGAACCCAACAACUGGCCGGAGCUUGACCCAAACCUUACUACGACGGACGGAGACACCGGCACCGGAGGAUGAAAACCUUGAGAGUUUGGAUUGUAGUGGAAGGAGUGGAGAAGAUCCCCUCUUUCAAAAUCAGUUGAGGAGAAUGGUGGUGAGGUUCAUAGUGAAUCUGGAAGUGAAAGUGAGAAUUCUGAGUCUGAGGAGAAGAAGGAGAAACACGGUGAUGUGGAAGUUGAGGAAGGUGAGAUAAGUGGUUCUGAUGAUGACAAGAUGAUUAGUUGGAGUAACAAUGAUGAUGAUAUUAUUGGUGAUGAGGAUGAUGAUGCUGUAGAAGCACCCAUCAGAUCAAAGAAUGAGAUUCAGAAUUUGCCUCCAGUUCCGCCUGUAAACGUGAGCUUAGAAGUUAGAACCACACCAUCAAAUUCUGCCAGUGGGAGUUGUAAUGUCGCUGAAGUCAUUACCCAACCAGCUCCUCAAGUUAUUUCUCCGGUGGCUCAUUCUUCUAAGGACAAGCCAGUUGUGAUUGAGGACGAUGAUGAUAAUGAUGAGGACGAUAAUGUCAGCCUUGCUGACAAACUUAAGGGCCGAAAAAGGAAGGCUAAACUUGCUGCUUUGGUUGGCCAAAAGAAAGCCAAAGGGGCUGGUGCUUCUACAGCUAGCAAGGCUUCUACAUUGGUGUCUGAUGCUCAGCCUGAAGGCAAUGGCAAAGAAGGUGGUGGCGACGCCGCUAUUCAGGCUGAUGUCCAUGAGCAUUCCAUUUCUAAUCCACCAUCCCAUGAAAAUUCUCCAGCUCCCAACCCUGCAAAAUCCAAAGCUGAGGGUGUCGAGAAGCCUCCUAAGGCCGCAUCCUCGGCUAAAAAGACCUCGACAUCUGAGGGAAGGAGGAAGGUUAGGAGUAAAUCUGGUCACAAAUCUCCCCACCGUUCCAAGAGCUCCACCAACUCAAGCCCUUCCAGGGGGUCUACUUGCCAGGAGACUCAAGGUGCAACCUCUCCCAUUCGCGAAGCAGAAGCUCUUCCUGGCAAGGAUGAUAACCCCAUGCCUCCUCCAAAGUCGACUGCCACUGUGCAACUUUCGCCUCAAGCCAAGGGUGACUCUUCAUCUCAUGUGUCUAGUGAAAAGCUUGAUACUUUAUUUGAGGAAGACUCACCGGCAGCUUUGGAUGGCUUUCUCGAUGACACCUUGGAAUGGGAUUCUCCACCCCAUCAAGCUGAUGUCACUGCUGAGACUGCUCAGUCUAGUGGGGUGGCCAACCUUCAGCAAAUCGAGGUGAGCAUGGGUCGGCUGAAGGCUAUCGUUUUCGACAGCGGAUUCCUCGACCGGAUUCGAGUUGACCCUCAAGCGAGUCAUGCUGCUAAGGAAUUACUUGUCUUCCUGCUUGGUCAAAAGCUUGAUUCUCAUCAGGCUGCUGCUUUGGCCAACCUUCAAUCUCUCUUAGUGGAUGCUUUAACCACUUUUCAUCAAGUCAAGGACGUUGGCCAAGCUGUUAGCCUUAAGGAAGCAAAAGUCUCUUCUGGUAAAGCUCAGGUUGCAGCGAUGAAAGAAGACUUCAAGAAAUUUACUACUAGGAAGGUUUUAAUUGCAGAUGAAAUUUCUGAUGUUGACACUAAACUUGAGGAGCUGCAUCGAGAGAUUGCCAAGUUGGAGAAGAAGCGAGCUGAUUUGGUCGAGGAAGGCCCUGCUGUGAAAGCUCAGUUGGAUGCGCUUACUAAGGAAUCCAAAGCUCUGAUUAUCUCGACAAAAGAUGUUAUCAAGGAUUUGGAGGUUGACCCGGCCGUGAAGAAGGAUCUCGAUGCUAAGAUUGCUACCUUUGCUGACCGCUUGAAUUCUUUUAAAUUUCUUUUUUAAGAUUUUCUCUUAUCAGUGUGUAAUUGUGGCACUAUUUUAACCAUGGCCUUCGAUGCCAAUUUGCAUGUAAUUUUCGACAAUGUUUUUGGCGCGUAGGCCAUAUGAUUUUACAUUUAAUUUGCCAA